GUUCAUACUUUUUUUAACCAACUAUAAGUACGAUUCUGCUUUCUCAUCUCUUGAUAAAGUACUUCUUCAUGCAAUGGCUUUUACACACAAUCAUGGUCUUCUUGUGAUCCUGCUCAUGAUGUUGUGUCUGCAUACGGUUGCUGAGUGGUGUAAUCAUGGAGGAGACAUCGGUAACACUAGGUAUGCCAAAGAAGAACUUCUGAUCAACCCAAAAACUGUCCCAAAACUACAUUUAAGAUGGAAAUUCUUUGCCGGAAAAGACAUAUCUGCGACUCCGGCGGUGGCCAAUGGAGUAGUCUACUUCCCAUCAUGGAAUGGGUAUGUUUAUGCAGUGAAUGCUUUCAAUGGUGCACUGAUAUGGAAACAGAACGUUGGCGAGCUGACUGGGCUGAGUGCAACUGGGACUAUAGUGAACGUAUCGGUGUCAAGAGCCACGCCAACGAUCGCUGGCGACCUCUUGAUCAUCGCAAUCUAUGGCCCUGCGUAUGUGAUUGCGGUGUGUCGGUUAACCGGAAAUCUGGUCUGGUCGGCUCAGCUAGACCCACAUCCUUUUGCACUGAUAACUGCAUCAGGAACAGUUCAUAUGGGGUAUGUGUCUCAUGAUCCAACGGUACAGAUGGUUUUCAAGACAGUUUUCAUAACAGUUUUCAAGAAACGUAGCAGGAUCCAUUUCUCUGUUGCUAGUUUUGGUUGUGCACAUGGGUUUGGAAUUGCACAAACUAAUAUUUGCAGGGCAUGGGAGACAUUUUUGGUUGUUCUAGUCAUCUACACAGCUUGGGUAUCUCCAUUCGAAUUUGGUUUCCUUGAUAGGCCAGAAGGGCUACUAGGCAUUACUGACAAUGUUGUCAACGGAUUCUUCGCCAUCGAUAUCAUUCUCACGUUCUUUGUAGCAUACCUUGACAAAACAACUUACCUAAUUGUUGACAAUCGAAAUCAAAUUUCUUGGAAAUAUGCAAGUUCUUGGCUAGUCUUUGAUGUCGUAUCCACACUCCCUUCUGAACUUGCUAAGAAGAUUUCUCCUACACCUUUACGCUCAUGUGGCUUAUUCAACAUGCUUCGCCUCUGGCGUCUUCGUAGAGUUAGUGCUCUAUUUGCCAGAUUGGAGAAAGAUAGGAACUUCAACUACUUUUGGGUUCGAUGUGCAAAGCUUAUUUGUGUCACCCUUUUCGCGGUUCACUGUGCUGGAUGCUUCUAUUACCUUCUUGCUGCACAUUAUCGCAACCCAAAAAAGACAUGGAUUGGAGCAUCCAUGGAUGACUUCCUUCACGAGAGCCUAUGGAUCCGGUAUGUGACAUCAAUUUACUGGUCUAUCACUACUCUCACAACUGUUGGAUAUGGCGAUUUGCAUGCUCAAAAUACAAGGGAGAUGGUAUUUGAUAUAUUCUACAUGUUCUUCAACCUCGGACUGACAGCAUAUCUGAUAGGAAAUAUGACCAACUUGGUUGUCCACGGUACCAGUAAAACUAGAGAAUUUAGAGAUACAAUUCAAGCAGCAUCAUAUUUUGCACAGAGAAACCAUUUGCCUGCUCGCCUGCAAGAUCAGAUGCUUGCGCAUUUAUCUUUGAAGUACAGAACAGACUCGGAGGGCCUGCAGCAGAAGGAGACUCUUGAUUCGCUUCCAAAAGCCAUCCGAUCAAGCAUUUCACAUUUUCUUUUCUACUCUCUUGUCGAUAAGGUGUACUUGUUUCGUGGCGUGUCCAAUGACUUGCUCUUCCAACUGGUUUCGGAGAUGAAAGCCGAGUAUUUUCCUCCCAAAGAAGACGUGAUAUUGCAGAACGAAGCGCCCACAGACUUCUACAUACUUGUUACCGGAGCUGUGGAGCUAUUGGUCUUCAAAAACGGAAUUGAACAGGUCAUUGGAGAGGCGAAAACAGGUGAUCUUUGUGGGGAGAUUGGUGUGCUAUGUUAUAGGCCACAACUCUUUACAAUGAGGACUAAACGAUUAUGCCAGUUACUGCGUAUGAACCGGACCACAUUCUUGAAUAUUGUUCAAGCCAAUGUCGGAGAUGGAACCAUAAUCAUGAACAAUCUCCUUCAGCAUUUGAAAGAACAGAAUGACCCGAUAAUGGAGGGAGUUUUGUUGGAGACAGAGAACAUGCUUGCUCAUGGUAGAAUGGACCUACCUCUAAGCCUAUGCUUUGCUACACUUAGGGGAGACGACCUGUUGUUGGAUCAAUUGUUGAGACGGGGUUUGGAUCCAAACGAAUCAGAUAACAACGGGAGAUCUGCUUUGCACAUAGCCGCGUCGAAAGGAAGUGAGAAUUGCGUGCUUCUCCUGCUCGAUUAUGGAGCAAGUCCUAAUAGCAGAGAUUUAGAAGGCAAUGUGCCAAUAUGGGAGGCAAUGAUGGCUGAUCAUGAGCCAGUGGUCAAGAUACUAGCAGAUAAUGGUGCCACCAUAUCAUCUGGCGAUGUGGGUCAAUUUUCAUGCACUGCUGUGGAGCAAAACAACUUAGAGUUACUCAAAAAAAUUCUUUAUCACGGAGGGGACGUAACGCUUCCAAAGAGCAAUGGAUCCACUGCUCUUCAUGUAGCAGUUUGUGAAGGAAACACCGAAAUAGUGAAAUUCCUAUUAGACCAAGGAACUAAUAUUGACAAACCAGACAUCCAUGGUUGGACCCCUAGAGACCUAGCAGACCAGCAAGGACAUGAAGACAUAAAAACCCUUUUCCAAUCCCAUAAAGCGGUCAAAACACAAUCUUUCGUUGUCAUACCAGAACAAAAACGUGAAAAUAAGGUAUCUGGGAGAUUUACAAGUGAACCAACGAUCUAUCCCAUGUCCCGGGAUGGCUCAUCAGGCGGAGUAACUGAAUGGACAUGGAGGCAAUCCCAACCAAGGCGUAGAACCAGUAACUUUCACAAUUCCUUAUUUGGGAUUAUGUCAGCAGCCAAUGGAGGGAACAACAAUGACUUGCUUUCAUCUAUAGAUCAGACUAAAUGUGCUGAGGCUGAUAGAGAUUGUCCUAUAAGAGUGACCGUUAGUUGCCUGGAAAAGGGAGAUGUUAAAGGAAAGCUUGUGCUAGUUCCACAGAGUUUUCAAGAGCUACUUGAGAUUGGUGCUAAAAAAUUUGGUUUGUUGGCUACUAAAGUUCUAACCAAGGAUGGAGCUGAAAUUGAUGAUAUAGAGUUGAUCAGAGAUGGUGAUCAUCUUGUAUUUGUUAGUGAUGGUGAGAUGGGAGAACCUAAUUGCCAAAAUGGAGGGGUUUUGAGUUGAAAAUGGUGCGUGGAUGCAUCAAAAAUUUUCUCUUAGCUCUACAUACCCCAAAAUAGAAUCAGAAAACUACUGAGAAUUUUUAAAUAUACACCCUAAAUUUUAAAAUUUUAGAUAGUUUUUUUUUUUUUUAAACCCUUUUUGUCAGCUCAUUAAGUGAUUCAAUGUAAAGUUCUUGGUUUGACUUGAAUUAAAUGAUGGUGGUGAUAGAUCAACUAUUGUCACAGAAAA